UGGAUAUGGAAAGGCCCCGCGAUUCUCUCCGCGAAAUAUGCAUGACAUACAGACAUAGCCCUUUAAAGUGAUCGCAACGGAUUUCCACUUAUUGCAGGGCCAAACUUAUAGUUUGAUUAUUAAGUUUCCUUAUUAAGGGAGGUAUAAAGAGAAUUGUGUGUGUUGUUCCUAGCAAGUUAGCUAACACAUUUCCAGCUACUGUGCAACCAGGGGCGCGCGUCAGCAUCCUUGGCUCAUAUGAGUGAAAGUGGAUUUUGGAUAAAUGCAUCCAAUGAGCGUUCUCUUGCCAUCAAGACACUUCUUAAUGGUGGUUUUACUUUGCUGAGCUUUACGAGUCGGCCACCUGGCCUGUAAACAUGGCGGAUUCCGACAAAGAUGAGACUGGAGACUUUGUUGAACAAGCAUUCAGUGAAAACUCACCGGUGUCUGCAGUUGAGGAUGUGCACAUGGCGUCAGAUGGGGAGGGCGAUGGAGAAAUCGCUGGACCCUCCACCCUCGCAGAGUGGAGCGAGGAGGAGGAGGAGGAGGAGACGACGCGUGGUGAGAGCGGCGGAGCAGUGGGGGAGGACGGGGACGAACUGGACGGGGUGCCCGUGUUCGGGGUGGACCAGGACCCCUGGGACAUGGACGUGCCGUCGCUGGGCGAGCCGUACCCCGACACCUCCAACACGGGGUCCGACUCGCGCAUGACGGGGCUGGGGGAAGAGCCGGAGCAGCGGGAGCAGCGAGGGCCGCACGGGCCAGACGAGGGAUCCGAAGCGGACAGCCACACAGAGCAAGGAGCGCCCCUCAUAGGGGAAGAUGAAGGUUCGAUGCAGCACACAGGACUGUCCCCUAUGGCUGGCGAUGAGGGCAUGUUCGGGCACACGGAGGCGGCCGGCCCAGAGGCGAGGACGGAGGCAGAGGAGACGCGCUCCUCUCCUACACCCACACCACCAGCUGAGCCAACUCCAGGUCAGACGCGCUCCUCUCCUACACCCACACCACCAGCUGAGCCAACUCCAGAAGAAGACCACCAGCACCAGCCAGAAAGUCCAGAGGCACACUCCCAAACAGAGGACGCAGCUCUUGUCCGGCCUCCCUCUCCACGCGCCUCCACCAGUGCCAUGGAGCCCUCGGGAGCGGAGGAGCCGGAGACGGAGACGGGGACGGGGCCGUUCCCCAGCCUGCCUGCGCUCAGCAUCAAGGAUGAGCCCAUAGACGAGGGCUACAACGCCGCGCUGCAGCCCCAGGCCCCCGCCAGCCGCAUCAAGGAGGAGCUGGACCAGCUGGAGGACUUUGACACGUCUUGCAGCACAGAGCAGCUUCGCAUCAGUGCUGUGUUCUCUGUGAGUGGGAGUUCCAACAACUCUGCUGCUCCUGGUCCAUUGCCCCAGCCCUCCAUGUUGGCACCCCCUCGGACAGCCCCGGCACCUGCGCUCGCCCCUUCUCUUACCCUGUCCCUGGCUCCUGCCCCUGCGCCCCCACCGAUUCCUCCGCUCCAGGCCUUGAUGAUCCGCUGCUCCGGCUGCUCCAAGGUCCUGCAGAGGGGUCAGACGGCCUUCCAGCGCAAAGGCUCCAACCAGCUCUUCUGCUCCACGCCGUGCCUCACGGGAUCCUUCCCCCAAGUGGCGCCCCCCGCCGCGCCCCCUGUGGCGCCUCCUGUCCCCCCGCCCUCCAUUUCUCUACCGCCUGUCCAGUGUGCUUCCCCUCCUCAGCCAUCACGGAAGAGGUUCUGCUCCAACUGUCACAAGGAAGUAGUGAAUCUGAAGGACCUGAUCAAAGCACCAAUUGGACACUUCAUGAGGGACUUCUGCAGUCAGUCGUGUAUGGAGAGUCAGAAAAUGAAGGUCCCCUUGACGCCUUACAGGACGGUCCCCAAACACAGUGAUGUCGAGAUCACUAAGUGCAGCAUUUGCCAGAAGAUAGCCAUCGUCGAGCACGAGGUCAACCAUGUCGGCUCUAUGUACAAGCUGUGCAGUGACCACUGUUUUUCCCGGUUCCGGGUCAUAAACCACGUGACGGUGAACAUGUGCGAGUCCUGCGGGAACCACUGCUCCAGGUCCACCGGGACCCUGUGUCUGCUGCAGGCCGACGACCUGCUCAAGAAGUUCUGCAGCACUGACUGCAUCUUCACCUUCAGACAGAGAUGCAAGCAGGCAUUCUUGUGCGCACGCUGUCAAACCCAGGUGUUUGCCCAGCAGAUGCUGGAGAGCGUCAACCAGCAUGGCAUCACGGAACUCUUCUGCUCCAACAAGUGCCGCAUCACCAGUCGCAUGCCCAACAAUCUAGCAGAUGCCCAGUUCCCGUGCACGCAGUGUCAAAAGGUUGUAGUUCCGCAGUACCACCUGGCCACUGGAGAUGGCGCCAUAAGAAACUUCUGCUCUGUCCAGUGUGUCAAUGUGUACCAGGAGAAAAGCAACACUUUCACGGCACUGUGCCAGCCGAACGGUAGCACCAGUGUGCCCAUGACGACCACAGCGCAGCAGGGGCAGCCUUACCCCCAGCAGCCCCAGCCCAUGCCCCAGCCCGUGCCCUCACAGCGGGUCCCGCACCUGACGCAGAUGCUCAGCCCCAUGCCCAACCCCAUGCCCGCCUACGUGCCCAUGCCUCUCUACAGCCAGGGGCCGCAGCACCAGGUGCCCGGUUCUACCCCCAGCGCACCACCACACUACAUCCCGGCCCCAGGAGUGGCACAGCCCAGGGAGCUCCUGCAGCAGCCGCACCCUAAUCAACAACAACAACAACAACAGCAACAACAACAACAACAGCAGCAGCAGCAACGCCAGCCUCAUCAGCAGUCGUCGUCCUCGAUCACCACUUACCCGCUCCCCAGGAUCUACUGCAAACAGUGCAGUCAGGGCUUCAACGCCAAACCUCAUAUCCUUCAGCACAAGGGCCAAGUGUGGCUGUUUUGUGGGAAGACGUGCUGUGAGCUGUUUAAGCGCCACAACGAGAUCACGGUCCAGUGUGACUACUGCAAGCUGGACAGGGUGCUGAAGGACAUCAGUCUGACCUACGAGAAGAAGCCGCACAGCUUCUGCAGCGAAGGCUGUAAGCUGCUGUUUAAGCACGACCUGUCCAAACGCCUGGGCCUGCUCUGCAGCGCGUGCGCCCUCUGCUCCAACAUGACCCCCCAGACCGUCUCCAACUACUUUGGCGGCAAGGUGGAGGAGUUCUGCAGCAAGGACUGCAUGUCCGCCUACACCGUGCUCUUCUACGAGAUGGGGAAGUGCGAGGCGUGCACAAAGCAGGGCCGUCUGACGGAGAACCUGAAGUGGAAGGACGGCAUCAAACACUUCUGCAACCAGCUCUGCUUCGUCAACUUCUGCCUGAAGGCCAGCCAGCAGAACCAGCGGCUCCCCAACGGCACCGGAACCGCCACCGGACCCCGCUCUGCAGGCCUCGUCUCUGCUCCUGCUCAGCCAUCCGUGUCCAGGGAGACGGCGGUGAUUGGCAGCGUGGUGUCUCUGGCAUCCACCCCCAGUGGCCAGCCCGGAUACUCAGCCCACACGGCUCUCACAGGAGCACUGCCCACCUCAAACGGCCACUCAAAGAUCAUCGGUGAUGCGAGCACGCAGACAGACGCCAUGAAGCUGCCGCCGCCCCCUCCGCGCAUGCUGAAGAACAAGGCGCUCAUGUGCAAGCCCAUCAUGCAGGAGCUGGGGGUGCAGUGCACGCUGGACCCGCCCGCCUCCGACCGGCACCCCAGCGCCGCCGACGACCUGCACACUCUACUCAGCCGGACCCAGAAAGCGGAAGACAAGGAGGAUGAGAAGGAGGACAAAGAGGAGAAGGUGCGGCUGGUGCCGUUCCCCGUCCCCGUGAUGGUGCCCGUCUUCAUCCCGGUGCCCAUGCACCUGUACACCCAGUACACGCCUGUGCCCAUGGGCAUGCCCAUACCGGUGCCGGUGCCCUUCAUGGUGCCCUCCAGGCCAGAUGGCACAGGGCAGGAGACGCCAGAGGGGGGCAGGACUCCCAGCAGCCCAGCGGAGGAGGAGGAGGACGACGAUGAUGAGGACGAGGAGAAGGAGAAGGACAUGCCAGCGUCCAUGGGAGACCAGGGCAGCACGUACAGCGGGGAUCUAGAGUCCGAGGCCGUGUCCACCCCGCUCAGCCUGGACGAAGACCCAUCGUCCCUCCUCCCCGCCGGGGCCCCCAACCCAGACGGACCCCAGGACCAGGCUCCCCCCGGCGGGAGCGGCACCCGCGGCCCUGGUGCAUCUGGGGAGCAGAGGAUAGCCCUGAAACACCGGAGCCUGAAGAGACCUCGGGAGGGCGCCACCCUCAGGAAACGGAGUCGUAAACGUGGGGGGUCACCCCUGGGUGGCGCAGCGGCGGCCUCCGGAGGCUCUCGGCUGAACCACACCUACGGAGUGCAGGCCUGGCUGAGCUGGGUGCAGUGGAGGAACAAGCAGCUCAACUCGGCCAGCGCUCUGGGCAAACCCAGCGGUGCGAGGGCGAUGGUGGUGAAGGAGGACGUGCUGCAGUGCAGUUCAGCUGAGCUCAGUUACGGCUUGUGCCGCUUCAUCAGCGAGGUGCGGCGGCCUGAUGGACAGCCCUACGCCGCAGACAGCAUCUACUGCCUCUGCCUGGGCAUCCAGCAGUAUCUGUUUGAGAACGGGAGGAUCGAGAACAUCUUCACCGACACCCUCUACAAUAAAUUCACUACGGACAUCACCAAGAUGCUGAAGAACUGGGGCCACACGGUUGAGCCGCAUGAGCUGCUGCAGUCGCGUGUGGAGGAGGAGUAUCUGUGGCAGUGUAAGCAGCUGGGCGCCUACUCGCCCCUGGUCCUGCUCAGCACGCUGCUCUUCUUCGCCACCAAGCUCUUCCGCUUCACCACGCUGGCGCACCACCGCCGCCUGGCCUUCGCCCACGUCUCCCGCCACACGCGCCUCAUGCCCGCCGGCAAGACGGCUUACCUGCGCUUCAGAAUCCCCGGCCUGGAGCCCGACACCGCAGUGCUUGCCUUACCCGCGAAACGAAAGCUGGAGGAAGAUGACGACAGCCGGCAGAACGAUCUAGAAAUGCCAGAGAACAAAGAUAACCCACUCCGCUGUCCAGUGCGGCUCUACGAGUUCUACCUCUCCAAAUGUUUGGAGUCCGUGAAGAAGCGCGCAGACUUGUUCUACCUCCAGCCAGAGCGUGUGUGCGACCCCAACAGCCCGCUGUGGUACUCGGACCAGCCCCUGGAGAACGCCACGCUAGAGAACCUCCUGACGCGGAUCCAGGCCGUGCGGCAGGUGUACACCGGGGACACGGAGGACCAGAACCGGGCCACGUCCACCGACGAGAGCUCCUAACGGAAACACGGAAUAAAACCUUUUUCCGUGUGUUUUUAGAUAUUAAGUUGGAACUGUUUCGGUCGAACUUUUGGAGGCGAGAUUGAUUUUAAGGGUAUUUUUGAGGGGGAAGAAAACAAAUCUAGUGUUGCCCAGGCAGUUGAAAAAGGACUAAGGACAUCAACACAUUUAAGCUGUAUGUGUGAAAACAUUUAGAUUGUAUGUGUCCUUUUUGACUAUUGUUGCUGUUUUCGUUUACUGUCAUUUUCCCCUCUUUGUUAGUGAUUCUCUCUCUUUUUUUUAUCUUUAAAGCUGUUUACACAUUUAUAAAAUGGAGGCCCACUCAGAGCUGCAUCUUGUUGGACAAUUUAUCUGGAAAAAAAAGUGAACAUUGAUCUCGCAUUGACGCUUGAAAGUAAUCAGUGUUCUCUUCGAUCAAAGGCUGAAAUGACCUGGUCAGAAACCGACUGACCAAGGGGUCAUGGACACCGGAGGACCGAUCUCCUAACUCACAAAGACACUGCAUCCUCUGUUAUAAAGGACAUGCUCAUAAGCUGCUGUAAGGCACAUUAACGCACUGGUAAUACAACAACGUUCAGACUCGUUUUCCGGGAUCUCCGCUGAUGCAUGUUUGAAUCGUCACUGUUACUGUUAACUGCCCCCGAAUGUAUGUGAAUCAUGACUUCCGUGACAACCAUAGUCUGCUGUUCGCUACUGAAACUAAACUCUCAACUCACUCAAAAAGGUUUGGUUGGAUGGUAGAAUUCAUAUUUGUAUAACCAAUAAUGCAGUUUAUUGUUUUAAGUUUUGCAACAGUCGGUGGCCAAAUCAGAAUUACUGAAUCAUACAUUUUCGAUUAUAGCCUCUAGUAACUUACCAGGGUUCAGACGUGCUGUUGUCUAUCUUCCGAGAGUGUUGGAGGGUGACUGUGUUCCGUUAACCCAAAAGAAAAUGGUGGAAUGUGCCUUGAAUAGUACCCCAGUAGCAGGUCUCUGUGAUCACCUACCUCCAGUUUCACCCUGAGGUCUGAGGGCACACCCUUCUUUCCAGUGCAGUCAAGACAGACUUCGUCUCACGAGUUCUGCAGCACCUCAACAUAAUCUCUCAUGCUGAAGAGAAUAAAAGCAUUUUUUUUAUUUAA